CCUUCAGGGUUGCUUUUAGGGCAGUUAUGAGGAGGUAGGGAUAGCAGCGCUGGGGGGGCGCCGGCGGGUUGGGAGGAAGCGUUCAGCGACUCGAGUCUUGCACAGCUUUAAACUAAAGUCUAGGAGUGAAAAACGAAUGGCUUCACUGGAGUCAGCGACGUUGCGAAGUGUCUGUGAGGGACCUCUGAAGUGAACUUAGCGCUGUCAAGGAUGGGUGGAGGGCGGCAGUUUCCCCGGCGGCUGACAGAAAGAAAAGAGGAUUUGAAAGGAGCUGAGACUUGCUGCUUCAAAAGACGUUGCAGAUGGAAGAAAAGACGUAUAUUGUGGUUCUGUUGCUCGGCACUGCCUUACAGAAACGGUGGUUACCUCAGGUGGUGUUGGGUCAUUUUCAGAUCAUCCAUUCUCAGGAUCAGGUAAUGGUGUGGCUCCAUGGAGGCAAUUUUAUAUUUGGCGGUGCUUCUAGGUAUGAUGGUUCUGCACUAUCAGCCUACAAGAAUAUUGUGGUAGUAAUAAUUCAGUACAGACUUGGACUCCUUGGAUUCCUCAAUACUGGUGAUGAACACGCUCGUGGGAACUGGGCAUUUUUGGAUCAAGUAGCAGCUUUUUGGUGGAUCCAAGAAAAUAUUGAACACUUUGGUGGAGAUCCAGGAUCUGUCACACUCUUUGGUGUAUCUGCAGGAUCUUGCUCUGUUUUUGCACAUGUUUUAUCUCCUUUGUCUAAGGGUCUCUUUCAUAAAGCAAUAUCAGAGAGUGGAAUUCUAAUCCCCCCGAUAAAGAUUUACUUCUUUCAGCAUAUCUUAAGAGUCUGGAGCUCCUGCCUACUUCUUUGAAUAUCAGCAUCGGCCCACUUCAUACUGGGAUAGUAAACUGGAGUAUGUGAAAGCUGAUCAUGGAGAUGAAGU